CUGUCAAAAUACAAUUCUAACCUAAAAUGCAAUUGUUGUUUUGGAAUUUUAUUAUUUAGUUGUUUUCUUUUUUAUUUCCUAUAAUUGGUUCUAUUCUAGGUAAAAAUAAAAGAUUUAUGAAGUUACUUGCACAUAAUGUCCAAAAGAAAAGCUGUAGUUGACGACAUAAUUUACGAAUUAGAUAAAGAAGAUCUAGAAAGUAGUAGUGAUGAAGAGAAGAAUGAAACUAAGAAGAGUCGUACACUGAAUAACUCGGCUCCGGACGGAGAGAGUGAUUGUGUCGAAGUGGGCGAUAGUUUAGAAGUCGUUGAUGUUGAAUCUUCAGACGAUGCCAUAAGUAUACUGUCGCCUUCAACAAAAACACAAAAUGGGGGGAAAUCACCUCCAGCGUCAACAGACAUUGAUGUUUGCUCAAUUGAUAAAGAAGACCUUAUGGAUGCUGAAAAUACGUCUGCAGACGACAGCAUAAUACUUUUAAGUGAGGAUGUUGCUGACCUGAAUCAAGUCCAGGAUAGUCCAGAUAAUAUUGUUGUUGGGUGCGAGAAUAGGACACCUUUAGUUACAGUUAUGUUUAAAAACAAGCGAAUAGCCGUAGAAUAUAAGAAAAAGAUUAAGGAAUUUAUGCUUAAACUUAUAAAGUUACAUGAGGAUGAACAGUUAGGUUCUGGAGAUGAGACUGACUUAGAAUUAGAUAUCUGGCCGGAAGACCUAACAGGAGACGACCUCACUACGGCUUCACCAGCCCCUGAAGAAGUUAAUGAUAAAGAAGAUAAUAUUUUCUUCAUUGACACAGCACCUUGUGAAAGUACUGACUUUGAAAUUCCAUACUACAGACAGGCGGAGACAGUGUUAACCCAUGAAGUGGCAAAGGAGGACAGUCCCCCACCCACCCCGCGGCGAGGGCCGAGCUGCUUCAACUGUGAUGGAGCUCACCAGCUGCGGGACUGCACCGAACCCAGGAAUAAUGCCAAGAUCAUGGAGAAGAGAAAAGCUAUGAAUGCCAACAGAGUUGGCCGCUACCACGUGGAAGACGAGCAAAAGUACGGUCACCUGACCCCGGGGCGCAUCUCGGGGGCGCUCCGCCACGCGCUGGGGCUGCGGCGCGACGAGCUGCCGAUGCAUGUGUACAGGAUGCGGCUGCUCGGGUACCCGCCCGGCUGGCUGGAGGACGCGAGGAUCUCGCACUCCGGGAUCACCAUGUUUGACUCUACGGGUAAAGCGGUACUGGACCCUGAGGAGGAGGACGGCGAGGUGAGCGAGCCCGGCAGCAAGGACAAGUUCGACAUCAAGAAGAUACACGACUACCCCGGCUUCAACGUGCCCGCUAGCUCCCGGUAUAUCGAGGAAGCUCACUGCUACGGGCUCCCGCCCAUGUCAGAGCAGGACAGCAAGAUGCAGAUGCUGACCGUCCUCGCGCCCAACGCCAUGAUGGCGUACAAGCGCAAGAAGCUGGCGUUGUUCCCGAGCGCGUCCCCUAAUGCCACCGUGCUGGGCAGCGCCGAGAUGGAGCUGGAUGAUGAUGAAGACGUCUCCACACCUCUCUUCCCGUCAGUGCCCCCUCUCCCAGACGAGGCGCCGCCCCCUCCCCCUCCCCCGCCGGCGUGCCCGCCCCCACCGCCCCCUGUCUCACCCCCGCCCCCGCCGCCCCCCGCCUCACCCCCGCCGCCGCCUGCCGCUGACGACAGCAUACUACCAGAGGACAUCCCGCUACCCGAUGAUACCAUUGUGCCUGAUGAUAUAAUUGUGCUGGAUGAAGAUUGUGAUGAGACCCCCAGUAAACCGAGCAGUGGCCGCGAAAGCCCGUCCCUAGCAGACCUGGAGGAGAAGAAGCGACUCCUUCUAGCAGCCCUGGAGACCGGCACGCCCGCCAAGUCUCCUUCCCGGACCGAGAGCAGCCUCGACAUCGACGUGGUCACCAUAGACAACGAACCCGAGCCCACAGAGCAAGUAGAAGACUCUACAACAGAGAAUAUAGACGUGGUGACCAUAGAUGAUACAGAGGUUAGCAAGACCACAGACAAUGUUGAUGUGGAGCAUGUGGAAGAAGAUAAAGUAGAAAGCACUGAAGUGCCAAGCACUUCUGCGGAUAGCACGAAGAGUAAAACCGGUCCGGAUACACCACAGACGCCAAAAACGGGCUGCGUUAAAACAACCCUAUACGGUACUCCUGUUAUGAACAUCGCUUCUUCCUACGAAAAGUUACCGAGUGAUGAUAAGUUUGCCAAAGACAUUUGUGACGUCAUCAACUUCGAGAACCUUCCGGAUUCUACUGGGAAGUAUAAAAAGAUUAGUACUCUUCUGAAAAAGGUGAAGACGGAAUUGGACAGGAUACACGACUCAUAGUGCUCCCUCGCCUCUGAGGAGGUGACAGACUGAUGGACAAACAGACAGUGAUACUGCAGUGAACAUUCUACUGUGAAAACAGACUUUUUUGUAUGUGUCUUGUUGAGUCUUGGGAUUAUGUGAAUCUUAUUUUUUCAUCCGUAUAGCAGAUUAAUACAGACCUAGCCCCAUAUUCAUUAACUAGCAGUUUAAAAGAGGUUUGCAAUGCGAUACAAGUAUUUUGAACGACACUGUCUGGUCUGAAUUUCACUAGGAUUUAAAUAAGUCUACAACUGACUGAAUAUAAGUACAUAUUUUUGUACAACUACUCAUAAGACAUUAUGUAUAAGUCGGUCGGUCGUGGAGUAAAAUUAAUUCAGAUUCUUUCCCCCCUCCCUAAUCUAAAUUGUGAAAAAUAUUUUAUGUUCAUGUACAUUAUGAUUUGAGUUAAAGUUUCAGAGAACCACUGUAAUGUAUGAAAUAUUAAUUUACUCUUGAUUUCAUAGGCAAAAAAAACGUAAGUCUAUAUCCCAUUCCACUGGUAAAGACAUCAUACAUUCGAAUAAGGGUAGUUCAGUUUUCUUUGUAUCUGAUGCCGUUCCCCGUGGAAUGGGAUAUAGUUAGAAAGAAAUAAAAUUUAUUAAUUUUACCUCUUGAAAUAUUUAUCUUGAACGGUAAUACUCUUUUUACCAUUAUGGCAAUAUUUCCUUUAAUUAAGUACUUAUUUAUAUAUGAUUAUCGUACUUGAUCGCGAUAGUUUCAAAAUUGAUUAAUAAAACAGUUUUAUGGUGUCAUAACGAUUUAUUUUUUACACACAAUCUAUAAAUCAUGUUUAAAUUUAUAAAUAUUUCAGAAGAGUAGAUAGAAUUUCAUUCCAAAUAAUUUCCCAAACAAAUAAACGAAAAUACAUUUCGUUCCAUCAAUC